UAACAACGCUCCCCCAUGUGCCCCUGUGAAAAAAAAAACUACUUGUUUCUAGUCGGACGCAUUUGCUUGGUGCACUUUCAGAAAGGAGCGCCUCGUUCUCACGUUUCGGUGAGUGUAGUGGUGCAGAUGGCGGCUACAAAGGUUCCAGAGGUUCGUGAUAUCACACGGAUUGAAAGAAUUGGGGCCCAUUCUCACAUUCGGGGCCUUGGCCUGGAUGAUGCUUUGGAGCCAAGACAGGUUUCUCAGGGGAUGGUUGGGCAGCUGGCUUCCCGUCGGGCAGCAGGGGUCAUCUUGGAGAUGAUCAAAGACGGCCACAUUGCUGGCAGGGCGGUCCUGAUCGCUGGCCAACCUGGCACGGGAAAGACUGCCAUUGCAAUGGGCAUCGCACAGUCUCUCGGCUCAGACACGCCCUUCACAGCUCUGGCUGGUAGCGAGAUCUUCUCCCUGGAAAUGAGCAAGACCGAGGCACUGAGCCAAGCUUUUAGAAAAGCCAUUGGAGUGAGGAUCAAAGAGGAGACGGAGAUUAUUGAAGGAGAGGUUGUGGAAAUCCAGAUUGAUAGACCGGCCACCGGAACGGGUGCAAAAGUAGGCAAGCUGACUCUAAAGACGACAGAGAUGGAGACUAUCUAUGACCUGGGCAACAAGAUGAUUGACAGUCUCAGUAAGGAGAAGGUUCAAGCUGGAGAUGUUAUUACAAUUGAUAAAGCCACUGGGAAAAUCAGCAAGUUGGGUCGCUCCUUCACCAGAGCCCGAGACUACGACGCCAUGGGCGCUCAGACCCAGUUUGUCCAAUGUCCGGAGGGAGAGCUGCAGAAGAGAAAGGAGGUGGUACAUACGGUGUCCCUCCAUGAGAUCGAUGUCAUCAACAGUCGCACCCAGGGCUUCCUGGCUCUCUUCUCCGGAGACACCGGAGAGAUCAAGUCCGAGGUCCGGGAGCAGAUAAAUGCCAAAGUGUGCGAGUGGAGGGAAGAAGGCAAGGCAGAGAUUAUUCCCGGAGUGUUGUUUAUCGAUGAGGUCCAUAUGCUGGACAUGGAGUGCUUUUCCUUCCUGAACCGGGCCUUGGAGAGUGACCUUUCUCCUGUUCUCAUCAUGGCAACCAACAGAGGCAUCACCCGAAUCCGUGGCACCAAUUAUCAGAGCCCUCAUGGAAUCCCCAUCGACCUGCUGGACCGCCUGCUCAUCAUCGCCACCUCUCCUUACACUGAGAGAGAGCUGAAGCAGAUUCUUAAGAUCCGGUGUGAGGAGGAGGAUGUUGAGCUGAGUGAGGAGGCUCACAUGGUCCUCACUCGCAUCGGCAUGGAGACGUCGCUGCGCUACGCCAUCCAGCUGAUCAGCACUGCAGGACUGGUGUGCCGUAAACGUAAGGGGACAGAAGUUCAAGUGGAGGACAUUAAACGGGUUUACUCUCUGUUCCUGGAUGAGGCCAGAUCCUCCCAGUACAUGAAGGAGUAUCAGGAUUCCUUCCUCUUUAAUGAAACACAAACAUCAUCCAUGGAUACCUCAUAAUCAAGAGGACUGCCUUGUAUAAUAACCGUCAGCCUUGUUUUUGUUCGUUCUUAGUACCCAGAUUUAAAGUCAGUUCAGAGUUGGACAAUAAAUUAGAUUUUAACUUCAAUUUACAGCAAAGAAAGAAAAAAAAUGCAGUAAAUUCUUAAUUAUUUCUCUUUCCAAAAGAAAAUUUAAAACUCAGUGCUGAAAUUGGAUUUAAAAUGGAUCAAUCUGCAUUAUCCUAAGGCUUUUCCGUGUUGUCAUGUGGUAGGAACAUUCAUUCCCUUGUAGUUUUGUUUUUUACUUCUCUUUAUGUGAUUUAUUUCUUUAGAUCUAAAUAAACUGGCUUUUGUACUACA